AUGUACCGGCAGAUAUUUGUGGAUGAAGGAAGUCAACAGUAUCAACAUGUUCUCUGGCGGAAAGAUAUGAAAAACGAAAUCAAAGAAUAUCAGCUAACAACUGUAACGUUUGGAACAGCUAGUGCUCCGUUCCUGGCAGUAAGGACUUUCAAUGAAAUAGCGAAAGAAUGUUCGAAUAUGCAGGUGCAGAAGAUAAUCGAAGAAGAUUUUUACAUGGACGAUCUUCUGACUGGCGCAGAUACGAUAGAGGAGUGUCUUCAGCUUCGACAAAUAAUAUCACAGCAUCUAGACAGAUAUGGAUUCCAUCUAAGAAAAUGGUGUUCGAAUAGCGAGCUCAUCAUAAAAUCAUCUAAUGAAGACAAGGAGAAUGAAAUAAUUAGCAUUGAGGAAAAUACUAAUGUAAAAACAUUAGGACUGCAGUGGAAACCUAAAGAAGAUGAUUUUCGUUUCAAGAUAUCAAAGUACUCAUCUGAUGUUACAACGAAAAGAUUAGCUCUAUCAUAUCUAUUUGGACCGCUUGGACUGGUAACAUCAGUUAUAAUAACGGCAAAAUUAUUUAUUCAGAGCUUGUGGUUGCUAGAGAUGUCAUGGGACGAGAAACUAAAUGGAGAAUUAGAAAGCAGCUGGAAAGAUUUUGUAACACGAAUUUCAUCUCUACAAGACGUGCAAAUACCCAGAUGGCUGAACACUUCUUCCAAAAAUAAUAUUAAAAUUUUGGAAUUUGCUGAUGCAUCAGAGAAGGCUUAUGCUGCUGUGGUAUAUGUUACAACCGAUAAAGGUGUCUCUCUGCUAGCUGCAAAGAGUAAAGUAAACCCAAUUAAAAACAAAAAGACUCUGCCUAAAUUACAGUUGUCAGCAGCCUUUUUGCUUGCAAGGCUAUUGAAAAAGAUUAUACACAUUGUUGAAGGAAAUAUAGAAGUCUAUGCCUGGAGUGAUUCAACAAUAACCUUAGCUUGGAUACUAAAUAACAAAAAUAAGAACAAAUUCAUAAGAACGCGAGUAGAAGGCAUUAGAAAUUUGGUGCCUCAGGCGCAGUGGCGUCAUGUUAAGUCGAAAGAAAACCCAGCAGACUUAGGGUCAAGAGGCGUUUCUCCGGAUAAGCUAAAAGAGCUAGAUUUAUGGUGGUAUGGUCCCCAGUGGCUGCGGUUGCCGAGAGAGGAAUGGUCCUUAUCCCCUCCAGAAGUUAUGACUUGCUCUACUACUUCUACCAAGGUUACGCCCACUUUAUUGAAUGAUUUGGUAGAAAGAUACUCUUCAUUCAAUAAACUCUUAAGAGUCUACGCAUAUAUUCUGCGUUUUAUUAAAAAGAUGAAAGGAAAUCGAUCAUUUUCGAGGUUAGCUCAAAUAUAG